AUGGUUUGGCGAUGCGACGAAUGUAACAUUAUUUUUGGGAAUCAAAAGCUCUAUGACACCCAUAAAAAGAAGUUUUGUGUUGGGAGUGCUGCAGAUCCAGCUCGCAUUCAUUCGAGGAUUUCAAAAAAGAGUGAAGAUUGGGAAGGAAGGAAAGAUAAGCAAGCCUUAAGCACGGUACGUUUAAAAACGAGUAGGAUACAUUGAGUAGCUUACUUUUCGUCCUUAGCCACCCUAACUUAAUUACACACCAUUUGAUUUUCUUCUUGGUUAACGGUGCAUUAACCUGCAAGAAAGCUGCACUUUUGAUCUCAUCGCUUCAUUAAAUGCGAAAUUCUUCCAAAUUUAGUCAUCAAUAGCUGGUUAUAUGGUGAAUUAUGCGUGUGCUUUUAGCCAAUGAGAAUCAAGGAAAUAUUUUGAAAUUAUCAAAUUUGCAAUUAUAUUAUCUAUUUUAGCCUUUGCCAGAUAUCAGAACCCAAUCCAGUUUGUCUGCACCCAAUACUCCUUCAAGGACUUUGCAUCCACUUCAAGACAGUAAUCAGAACACCGUAAGUAGGAUGUAUACUUGUAGAUCAUACACUAUCCGACACUAUGAUGAAAUUAAUAUUACAUGAUACAAAACAUUAAAAGCAUUCUUAUUCAGGGUUGUCAUUAAGAGGCGGGGGCCGGGGAUUUCCCCCGGCUGCUAAGGACGUGGCCCUUGGCUAAUUUCAUAGGAAAAUAGAAGAAAAAUAGAUCCAAAAGAAAUCCCUAGCUGUUUUAUUCCCCCCCUACUUGUUGUAUUUACACAGCAACUUGAAAUCUUAGUGACAGCCCUAUUUAUUGAUAUUAUUCUAAACAACUGAGUAAGCCAUAAGUGGAAGCUACAAGGUGAUAAUUAUUGUUGAGUCACAUGCCAAAGAGGAAGUUACAUGACAUGUAUGUGCUAAUUAAGCCAGAGCUUUGUUUGAAUGUGUUUGUUUCCAGAUUAUAUUUUUGUCUUCCAUUUUAUUUCUCUCUUUCUCUCUUAUCAUUGCACCUUAUUAUUAUUUGUUUCUAGCAAUUACACAAAAGUUACCAUCAGACUUAUCACCGUUCUGCACCAAACACUCCUAGCGAUGGCCGCAGCAUCUCUGCUCUUGAAAAGGAAAAGGUAUACUGUUAUUUAACUUUUGAGAUCUUUGCUUUAACCCUUUAAGCCCUAAGAGUGAUCAGCAUCAAAUUUCUCUUUGUAAUAUCAAUGCUUUGUAAAACAGAGUAGUCAUGAGAAUUACGGACAUGAUCACACAAGAUGAAUCUGCUUGAUAUUUUAGCAACUUCUCCCCACUACUUUUGUAGGAAAUGAAUAGCGGCAACAAAUGAGAAUUCAUAUUUUGAUCUCAGGGUUUAAAGGGUUAAAUAAUUUCUGCUCAAUAUGAGUUUAAACUGAAUACUUUUGUUUAAAUGAAUAAUUUGGACAUUGUCAGCAGUUGUCAAGGGUUUAAGUGAGCAAAAACAAAGCAAAACAAAACAAAAACAAGAGGAUAAAUAAAUGCAUGUCAAUACACACCAGUAAAAAUAUAAUAAUUAAGGAAAGAAAAUACUGAGCCUGUUAAAAAAAAGCAAACAAACAAAAUAACAACAACAACAGAAGUUUGCAUACAUUUUACAACCCUGCUCAAGAUUCUGUAAAAUUUUAUAAAAAUUUUAUAAUCUUCACCCAUUGAUGCGGCCUCUUUUGCAAUUGUUGGUCUCGCGCCAGUACUUUUCCAGUACUCUUCAGCAGCGACCUCUUCAAUAAUAAACUGGUUCAAGAGGGGGUGCGUAAGGGUUUCGGGUGAUGCAGUUUUGCAGAAAUGUUUAUUUUAAGCUGCGGUAUUGCUGUUUUACAAAACCAAGUGGUUUGUGGUAUUUUGAAAUUUUUUUGGUAAUUUCAAUGAGGUUUGCGGUUUUCUUAUGUCAUUCUGUCACGACUGUGCGUUGUUUAUGCGUAUUUCUGUACAGUUUUGCAGUGUUCGUACCCCCCUACAGCCCUCUGGUUCAAGAAAGCUUUAACAAUUUUUUUCUUGUGAAACUAAGGGAGUAUAGGAAUUAUUACUGUACAUCAAAAGUCUCAUCCAUAUUUGUAAUACUCCUUCCCUUAUGUUGCCCUCUGUAUCUUUAGAUUGAACAACUUAAAAUGUUUAAGAUGCAUCAACAACUGCAGAGAAACUCAAAGAACUUUGAAGAGAAACUUCUGCUCAACAGUUUGAAAGAUGAACAGAGACAUGUAAGUUGAAUAAGAUUAUAUAUAAAUGAUGAUUUAUCUAAUGGGAAAAAUACAAAUAACAAUAGAAAAGAUGAAAUGUAAUUCUAAGUUUCUUUCACUUCUGAGUUCUUAAGAACUCAUUUUAAUGUGUCUGUGUGUUCCAGACUGACCAAAGUAUACUGUAAUUUGAAAGUGUUGGUUUUUGAGGGGAAAGCAGAGUACCCGGAAGAAAACCUAUCAUAGCAAUGGAUAUAACCAACAAUAAACUCAACCGACAUUAUAAGAUGCUGUGAAAGCCGAGAUUUGAAUCAAGACCACAUUGGUGGAAGGUGUGUACUUUCACCCCUGCACCACCCUUGCGCCCACCUCCAAAUAAACAAAAAAGCAAUAUCGACCUCAACAACAGUUGCAGAGAAACUCAAAAUACUGCUCAGCAGCAUCAAUGAUAAACAGACUGAGACAUGUAAGAUUGAUGGUAUGUUAUGAAAAAACAACAAAUAGUCCUACUUAAAGAAAGUAAUCAAUAUAAUAUUUUACAUUAAUUUUCAGUCACCAAGAAGAUUCAAUGAGGGCAACAGGGGUGAUGACAGAAUUUUGCAGCUGACAGAGAUUCAUCGACAACAGCUUGCAGAACUUAAACAAAGAAAUGAGAAACUCCAGGAGGAAAAAGCAAGUAUGGAAAUGUACAAUUAUAGCAAAUAUUACGUUAAAGAAGUUACUAAAAAUACAAAUUAUUACAUUUUUUAAAGACCAAACUAUUGUGGUACUAUAUACUAGUUACAUUAUUGUAGAUGGUGAAACAGUUUUAUUUAAAUUACAUAGUCACAUAAUUAUUUUUGUAUAAUUUGCUCUUAUUAUAACUACUGAUUAUUGGACUAAAAAGUUUCCUUUUUCGGUUCCUUUGUGUGUUUACUUCUGGUGUUUUGUAGAGUUAGCUGAAAGGAUGAAUAGCUUAGGACUAAAAAGUCAGCAAAGAAUCCCUUCUCAAGGUUUUCUGGUAAGUUAGAGAUUGUAAUACAGUGUAUUUUGCUGGUGUACGUGUUAUCAUGUUAAAAAUUAAAACUGGCCUGNGAAGUUACUAAAAAUACAAAUUAUUACAUUUUUUAAAGACCAAACUAUUGUGGUACUAUAUACUAGUUACAUUAUUGUAGAUGGUGAAACAGUUUUAUUUAAAUUACAUAGUCACAUAAUUAUUUUUGUAUAAUUUGCUCUUAUUAUAACUACUGAUUAUUGGACUAAAAAGUUUCCUUUUUCGGUUCCUUUGUGUGUUUACUUCUGGUGUUUUGUAGAGUUAGCUGAAAGGAUGAAUAGCUUAGGACUAAAAAGUCAGCAAAGAAUCCCUUCUCAAGGUUUUCUGGUAAGUUAGAGAUUGUAAUACAGUGUAUUUUGCUGGUGUACGUGUUAUCAUGUUAAAAAUUAAAACUGGCCUGCCCCAGUUGUUGAAAAGCCGGAUAGUGCUAUCCACCGGAGAAAAAAAAAAUCACUAUCCAGUGGAUAAAUAUCAGGGAAACCAAUUUCGCUAUCAAGUGGAAAGAGAUUUAUCUGGUCAGGGUGCAAAGAAAGUCAGUUUUACAGCCUGCCAUUCGGGCAAGCUGUAGCUAGCAUGUACUAGCCCACAAGUCAUUUCAACUAGCUUGAAAACCCUUUUUGAUUAGCAGGAUUAAUUACAAUCCUUCUGUAAUUUGAAUUUCCCCUCAAAGCAGCACUUGCCCGUCGGGCAAGUUAAGAACAAAAAUCACUAGCCCGACAGCAAAAUCCACUAACCCUGGGCUAUCGCACACGACUUUCUUUGCACGCUGCUGGUGGAUAGCACUAUCCACCUUUUGAACAAUUGUAAUUGUUGAGACUUAAAGGGUAUUAACCCUUUAAGUUCCAAUGGUGACCAACUUUAAUUUUGUCCUAACGAUAUCCAUACAAUGUCAAGAGAUUAGGUUAUGAGAAUUAAUUAAAUGAUCACCAAAGAGAAAAUGCUUUGAUCUUUUCUCAAAUUCUUUCUCUCAAAUCAUUCUUUAAAGAAAUGUAUAGAGAUCAGUUUAGAGAAUUUACUUGUGGAUAUUGGGGCUUGGGUUAACUGGGACCAGGUGGACAACUUUUCAUUUUUGAAAUGAAUAGAAAUAGGCUUUCCUUCAGUUUCUUGGAAAGUAUCCAUUGUUGCCAUGCACACAAUUUAGUAGGUACAUGGACUGUUCUAGAUGAAUAGUCAUGAUUAAAUACGGACAACUCUCGCCUUGUGGACACCCCGCUAUAAUGAACUCCCCAAUAAUAUGGACAGCAGCUAAAUCCCAGGCAAAAAUAAAGUACAGAUGUUUGACUGAAAUAAACUCCCGCUAUUACAGAAUAAUGAGGAUACUAACUCAAGGUUCCUACAGUGUCCACUAUAAAAGGAGUUGACUGUAUAUUAAAGUAAAAGUUCUCUUAAUUUAUGACUAGACGGGUCUGGGCGGCCAAUUUUUACUCUAAUGUGAAAUGCCCUUAAGAAAGCCAGCCUUGUGAUGGUUAUUGAAAACAAUAUCGCUACCAUUUUUUAUCUUACAUUGGACGGGAAUAGCUGGGUGGAGUGGGAGGGGAAGAGGAAGAUGCAUGGCUAGAAAACUGAAAUUUUAAGAAUGACAAAGUAAUGUAGAGUCCGGGUGUGAAGUUCAAGAAGCGGUGAUCCGUGAUAAAACUCUCUUUCUCACGGGACUAUUAUUUUGAUGUUUUCAUGCAGGACAAACAAGCUGUGGAACUGGAUGGUCUCAAGAGAUACUUGGACUUCAAAGAAGACGAAGAAAAGUAAGAAAUUUGUCUAAGGAAAACGUGGCCUGUGUUGUGGCAUUAAAAGCGAGGAUGACUCGUGUUGUGUUCAUUGUCACUUUUUGCGAAAAUCUCCUUCUACAUUCCCUGCACAGCUCUGGUCACAUGACUCUGUUCGUUGAAAAAGCUUAUGUGUGCUACAAUGUACAAUGUAUAUUGACCAGGUUUACAUGUAGUGAGGCCAGUAAAGGCGAACGGGGCGUUUAGAAGUACAUGCAUGUACUAGUUUGCUAUAAUUAUCUUGGCAUACAUUAAUCAAUUAAUUUAUUAUUAUGCACUGCUUAAAAAACGAGCAGGAAUGUAUUAGCGGGUUAAAAACUCGAGGCAAAGCCGAGAGUUUUUACUUCUGGUAAUACACGACUACGAGUUUUUUGAACGGCUUUAUAAUCUCUGAUAUACAUGUGUAGAUCAACUCAUUCUUGCACUAAUAUUUAGAUUUGGGCUAUUUUGGUCCAAAAAAUUAGACGUAAGGUUUAGCUGUGUGUUCUUAUCAGAUAUAAAGACAUUCAUUGCACAUUUCUUUCUUUUUUUUUUUUUUCUUUAUGAAUUAUCAGUAAGUUUUUUAAUACUAUAUAUUAUUUUGUUUUUAGGAGGAAGUUCAAUGCACAGCAGUCGAAAGUAAACUUGUUAAAAGUAACGGCAAAAUCUCCUCCCCAUAGCGCAGCUUCUGCGGCCUCAAAGAGUCCUGAACCACGAAAGCCCAGGUACAACUUAGACCUACACUGCAUACAUUUAGUUUAAAAAUCCAUCUACAGUGACUCCCUAAACAUCAGGGUCCUGUUGUUCGAAGGUCGUUUAGCGCUAACCCGGAGUUAAAUUACAUGCGAGUUUCGUUUUCUUUUGCUCAAAAGCAUUCUCUCUGAUAAUUUUCUCUAUUAUUUUUUUAGAGCAUCCAAUCGUUAAAUUUUAUAUAGGCUUUUUACGCUGUCAUAUCUGAGUUCAAACUGCGCAUUAACUCCCAAGUUUGAAUAAACCCGCCCAGAAUGCCAAGUUGUUUGCUAGUUAAGAUGAUUCAAAAUAUUUAUGAAUAUGUAACUUCAUAAUUGACUCUUUGUUUGUUUGUUUUUGUUUUGUUCUUUUUUUUCUUACAGACAGUUUUCGAGACCAGAAUCAGAGAGAUACGGAAGAGGUAUGCAAUUCGUAAGCUAUUCGUUGGUUGCCUCACGCGUGACAUUAAAAUUUUGAAGUUUUUCAUACCCAGUCGCUGUUGGUCGUAUUUGUCUAUUCUAAGACCGUUUUACACGGGUCCAUUCCAAAUUCGUCCGUUCAAAAAUUUGCUUGGACGCCGAGCAAAUUGUUGAACGGACGAAUUUUUUAACCAACAUUAUCCGUUGGGAUCUUCAAUGAUCUUGCCAAGAUCUUUGAGGAUUUUACAAUUUAGAUCUUCAUGAAAAUUCCCGCAAAGAUCUUCAAAAUGCACGCAAAGACUUAUGAACGAGGAUCCUCGAAAAUUUUUGCGGAGAACCGUGAAGAUCUUGGUUAGAAUUUUUGGAAUAUAGAGAAAGAGAAAGGCAGAAAAAGAGAAAGUAGGCGGCAGGCCAGCGAAGCUCGACGAGAAAAAGAGCCACAUAGAGCUCGAGCGAGAGAUAAAAAAAGAAAGGGGAAAUUAUUUUUUUAUUGGAAGCACGACAUGAAAAUUUUGUAGCGGCGGUGAGAAAAUGAGAAAUGCUAGCGGCCACCGAGGUGAAAAUGAGCGGCAGUGAAAAAAACAAACAAGCAAACAAACAAAAAAUGAACAAGAACACACUAGGAAGUUUCUGGAAGUUUCACGUUGUAGUCGUGCAAAACAACGCCGCAGAAAUGUACAAGAAGUGUGCUGCACGUGCAGAGUUGCUUUUUUGCUAAUUAGACCUAUUGUUGUUUUAUUUCCUUCCUCGUUGCUUUUGCCGCCUAGCAAUACACGAUUGUUUAUUUUGUUUGAGCAAACUAUAAAUAUUAAUUAUCGAGAGCUUCGCUUUGAGCCCUAGUUAAAUCUAUAUAUUACUCUAUACUAGGGGUACGUUCCGGCUAGCGCAAACAAGAAAAAUUUGUUUAACUCUCGUGAAAUGUGCCCAUUUGUUUUUGUUGGUUUUUGUUGUUUUUGUUUUUUACAAGCUUUACAGGUUUAAANAUUGACUCUUUGUUUGUUUGUUUUUGUUUUGUUCUUUUUUUUCUUACAGACAGUUUUCGAGACCAGAAUCAGAGAGAUACGGAAGAGGUAUGCAAUUCGUAAGCUAUUCGUUGGUUGCCUCACGCGUGACAUUAAAAUUUUGAAGUUUUUCAUACCCAGUCGCUGUUGGUCGUAUUUGUCUAUUCUAAGACCCUUUUACACGGGUCCAUUCCAAAUUCGUCCGUUCAAAAAUUUGCUUGGACGCCGAGCAAAUUGUUGAACGGACGAAUUUUUUAACCAACAUUAUCCGUUGGGAUCUUCAAUGAUCUUGCCAAGAUCUUUGAGGAUUUUACAAUUUAGAUCUUCAUGAAAAUUCCCGCAAAGAUCUUCAAAAUGCACGCAAAGACUUAUGAACGAGGAUCCUCGAAAAUUUUUGCGGAGAACCGUGAAGAUCUUGGUUAGAAUUUUUGGAAUAUAGAGAAAGAGAAAGGCAGAAAAAGAGAAAGUAGGCGGCAGGCCAGCGAAGCUCGACGAGAAAAAGAGCCACAUAGAGCUCGAGCGAGAGAUAAAAAAAGAAAGGGGAAAUUAUUUUUUUAUUGGAAGCACGACAUGAAAAUUUUGUAGCGGCGGUGAGAAAAUGAGAAAUGCUAGCGGCCACCGAGGUGAAAAUGAGCGGCAGUGAAAAAAACAAACAAGCAAACAAACAAAAAAUGAACAAGAACACACUAGGAAGUUUCUGGAAGUUUCACGUUGUAGUCGUGCAAAACAACGCCGCAGAAAUGUACAAGAAGUGUGCUGCACGUGCAGAGUUGCUUUUUUGCUAAUUAGACCUAUUGUUGUUUUAUUUCCUUCCUCGUUGCUUUUGCCGCCUAGCAAUACACGAUUGUUUAUUUUGUUUGAGCAAACUAUAAAUAUUAAUUAUCGAGAGCUUCGCUUUGAGCCCUAGUUAAAUCUAUAUAUUACUCUAUACUAGGGGUACGUUCCGGCUAGCGCAAACAAGAAAAAUUUGUUUAACUCUCGUGAAAUGUGCCCAUUUGUUUUUGUUGGUUUUUGUUGUUUUUGUUUUUUACAAGCUUUACAGGUUUAAAAUUGAUUUCGCUGUGGACAAGGUGGCUAAUAACGUGACCCAAGUUUGAAACAACAACUUGCAUGUGGGCACAAUUUGUAGGUGUUCACUUUUAUUAAACAAAAACAUAGCUUGACACUUUGUUGGUAAAUUGGAGCAAGUUAGCUCUUAUGAAACUCCAUUGUAUCAAAACGUUAGAAAUAUAAAAUGAAAAAGAAAAAAAAAAUUCCAACCUUUCGCCCAUCUGGUGCGUAAAUUUGUUGCAUUUCUCACGGGAGCUGAGGGUUGGCGCAACGUAAAUCAAGCUGCAAAAAACACGCUUUGCGCGUUGAACCCUAUUCCUUGAUCAGCUGCUGCAAAACAGGGCACUAUUAGCCGUUUCAAACAAGAAAUCGUAAUCCUACUCACCUGUUUGGUCCUGCGUAACAAGUCAACAAAGGUAAUCCAUACUCCACUACCAAUUCACAACCAACAGUUACACAUUGGCUCACCUGGCCUCGAAACACAAGGAGUAAAUAAAUGCAAGACCGUGACGUCACUGCCCAAAUAUGGGGUACUACUUACACCCAAAUAUGGGCAAAAAAAGGUUAAACAGAAUUUGAGAAAUUUUGCUAUACAUUGCGUUGCAUUAUGAAGCUGCCGCCGAGUUAGCGGCUCGCUUGUUACCUUGUUGGCAAUUAUCUUAAACGAGACUUAUGUCAGGGUAAAGCUGUUUAAUUCCUUGGUAAAAUAAUCAUUGAACUGAAUUUAUUUGAUUUUGUGAAUUGCAGGUCAAGUUAUCCCAUAUUACCAGUCCCCAGUGCGAUAUUACGAUGCUGCACCGAUUCAGCUUGAGCAGAGCAGUGUUUUACACGAACUCAAGUAAGUUUUCAGUACAUAAUUAUAUGUGGUCACGUUCUCAUAUUUUUCCCCCCUUGAAUGACUAGUAAAGUGUGCAACCCGCCGUUAAUGUACGUCCUUUUUAAUUUGAUGCUGUGUUGCGCAAAAAAAUAGUCGUUGCGAAUCGUCCCGUGCAAAAUCACCUUAAAAUGGCAAAACAACAAGUUUGCACGUGCAGCACACUUUUUGGUACAUGACUUCCACCUAAAAUUUCUGUGGAAAACGUAAACAAAUUAAAUGAAGACGAAUUUCUCUUCCUUUUUCGGACUAGGAAUUCAGCUCGAAGAGAGUUCGCCUAAAUUUGAAUAAGUGAGCGAAGUAAAUCAAAGGACACCAAGUCACUUGUAGUGACGUUUUUGCCGCUGACGCUGUUGUACUGUGGUAUCGUAAACUCCUUAUCGUCAACUCUCUCUCUCUGUCUGUUUAGACUUUUGUUGUUGUCUCUCAAACCCUGUUACUGAAUGAUAUACUUUGCCCUACCUUACGAAUAAAUUUUACAGUUAGUACCAUUUACAGUGUAUCCUCUUUGCAGUAUGUUAAAGAACGACUACUUUCAAAAAGGUGGCCAUGACCCUGCUAUACUGGCGCAAAUAAGAGAUUUGGAAUUUGAAGCUCAAAGAAUACAAGCAGUUCAAAGGCCAGCUCCACCACCCGGUAAGGAACACAGUCUAGCAGACAACGGUGUUUGUAAUUUUUAUUUCAUGCAUACUGUAUACACUCGUGUCAUCAUUACCUUUCGUCCCUCAUUGUAAAGGAAUUGAGCCGCUUGUAUUCUACACAAUCCAUUAACUUCUAUGGUUUAGGGCGAAUAUAUUCUUUUGUCAGCCCCGCGUUUAACACUAUACCAAGAGUACAUAGUUUUCUAUUAGGGUUUUUCUUCAACUAGACGCAGUUAAAGUUUCAAUCCCCUAACGUACGCCAUCAAAAUCAACUACCCCACGCCCNUAAAUCAAAGGACACCAAGUCACUUGUAGUGACGUUUUUGCCGCUGACGCUGUUGUACUGUGGUAUCGUAAACUCCUUAUCGUCAACUCUCUCUCUCUGUCUGUUUAGACUUUUGUUGUUGUCUCUCAAACCCUGUUACUGAAUGAUAUACUUUGCCCUACCUUACGAAUAAAUUUUACAGUUAGUACCAUUUACAGUGUAUCCUCUUUGCAGUAUGUUAAAGAACGACUACUUUCAAAAAGGUGGCCAUGACCCUGCUAUACUGGCGCAAAUAAGAGAUUUGGAAUUUGAAGCUCAAAGAAUACAAGCAGUUCAAAGGCCAGCUCCACCACCCGGUAAGGAACACAGUCUAGCAGACAACGGUGUUUGUAAUUUUUAUUUCAUGCAUACUGUAUACACUCGUGUCAUCAUUACCUUUCGUCCCUCAUUGUAAAGGAAUUGAGCCGCUUGUAUUCUACACAAUCCAUUAACUUCUAUGGUUUAGGGCGAAUAUAUUCUUUUGUCAGCCCCGCGUUUAACACUAUACCAAGAGUACAUAGUUUUCUAUUAGGGUUUUUCUUCAACUAGACGCAGUUAAAGUUUCAAUCCCCUAACGUACGCCAUCAAAAUCAACUACCCCACGCCCAUGUUAAAUGAAACUGCCAGAAAUGCUAUUUUCUGCUGUCGCUUUGCUUUCUUAAAAGCGUUAAUAAUGAUAAUGAUAAUGUUAACUGCACGAAUAGUGAAGUCAUUGAAACAGGAAAGCAUUCUUUGGCUUUUAGCAUUUACAAAGGAAACACCUGUUAAAAGUACCCCGUUGGUUUCCUUCAUCAUUGCGUGCUGAGCUUAUGUAGCCUGUCGUGUUGUAAGGAAACUCUUUUCGAAUCCGCGUGUCCUCCUUUCCGCCGCUACAUGCAUAAUUUCGAGCCCUGACUUUGUCACUGCUAGCAACUGACGUCUCUUGCUUCUCUUAUACAUGUACUUUGUUUCAUUUAGCAACAGAUCCUCUUCUACAACAGCAGAUAAUCAGUUUUCACAUGGCAAACCAAAGAUUAGAACAAGAGCUACAGAUGCUGAGGGUAAAAAUAUUACUAACAGCGCUAUCUGUUAAACUUCAUCUUUGAUACUCUGCGACAACUAUAAUGCUGUUAUCGAGCCAAUUAAUUCCUUGUAUUCAUAUUCUGCUUGUCAUUGAGUUGUGUCAAGAUGUCUCCGUUGCAAGUUUUCGGUCAGCACAACUAACUUAAGCUAGUGCUGUUUGGCCUCACAGCUAUAAAAUUGGGGUAGUGUCUUGCUUAAAUUUGCGACUGGGGAACGUUAUCAGACGACCAUCAUUGCAUGGUAAUAAACGCAAUAGAAAACGGCAAAACGCAGCUGGAAUUACUCAAAUAAAUGGAUGAAUGGCCGACAAAAAUAUCCCGUUCAAAUAACUCCCUCUGCGUUUGGUUUUUUAAAGAUCUUCUCAAAACCUAUAGUCUAUGAAGAAGUCCGUAUUAGACAGCCUUAAAAUGAAAUCUCUUUAUUUCAUAUGUUUGUUCUCGUGUGUAGGAAGAGAGGAACCAAAAAGACAGAAUGCGAUCUCCAGGUACCUAUCCCUGUACUUAAAGUUUAGGAGUUUAUCAUUGUCUUGAUUGAGAAAAGGAAACUAAGUGCCAAGUCAAGUUUGCAACCAAUCUGGUGGCUGGUGGUAAUUUAGAGCAAUCUUUAAGACCCAUAAAGUGUCUUUAACUCAAAAAGUUUAUAUGUUACUUUAUUUUAAGUCUUAUAAAUCGCACGCAUGUCUUUCCUCAUAACGUAGUCUUUUAAAAUGCGCGAAGUAUUUGUUUAUGAUUUUGUGGAAACAAAAUUACUGUUCAGGUGUGUUUCUUUUUUCCAUUGUGUCCUUAAGACCUGGAUCCCGAGUUUAAACGGAUAAAAGAGGAGCACUUGGUAAGAAUGGCGUCCCUGAGACAGGAGGCAGAAUUAUUAAGGCAACAGGCUGAAGUGGAGAAAAUGAGAAGAGAACUAAAGGAGCUCAGAGGCGAAAAACUACCACUGGACGAAACACGAAAGGUGGAGUAAAUGUUUUUUUGUAGACCUUUGAGGGAUAGGCGAUAUUUGUUGUGUGGGAAAAUUCACGAGUUGGCUUAAAGUCCCUUUUUCCGCGCAAUCGUUGUCAUUCAUGCCCACUAACAUUUAAGGGCACUUUACUUGAAGUAAACAACUCAUGAAUUGGAAACAAGUCAAUAAACAUAAUGAACAUGCCACCUUUGAAUUCAAGCAGGCAAACAAUGCAAGCAAAACAGGCAAAAACCCUGAACUUUUACCCAGUACUUUCUUUUUAUGCUUUCCACUGUAUGUGCUAAACCCUUCCCCGGGAGGAGGGGGGAAUUAUGCCUCUGCAUAAGAUAAAGAGUAAUAAUAAAGAGUGCUUUUCAAAUAUAUUUUUUCCCAACUAGCAAGGUACAGCUUCCAGCCUAGCUAGAAUAUACUGCUUAACAGUAUCACAAUAUUAGGUGAUGACCUGAUUAGCAUCAGAUAACCGACUAACUUACCUUCAAUAAACUUUUCACACUAAAUGUCUCAAGUGGGCGAAGUAAAAAUGACGAAAUUGAGAUUCUCUUUCGAUUUACUGAUCAGUCCUGUUUUGGUUUUAGCCGUUUGAGUCACCGUUCAUGAUGUCAAAUGCGACCACAGAGAAGGACUUGCUUCCAAGCCCAUACGAUCCAAAGUAAGUUUUAUAAUGCCAUGAGUCUUGGUCGAGAAAUUGAUACUCGAAUCUGGUUUAUAUCUACAGCAGUAAUUAACACGUUUAUAUUUGAAUAGCCUUUCAAGUGAAGUUUCAACUGAGUUUUAGCCUAAAGUAUGUUUAUAAUUGGGCUGCCUUUGGAAAAUCCUAAUCUAAAAAUGGGCUUCAUCGUCUGUGAAGCAAAAAGACAAAAUUACAGACGAAUCAACCAGAGGGUGUUGCGUGUCCUGUCCACCCUGCAGUUGAGCCCGAUUUUUUGACAGUGUAGGGGAGGUGUUCGUCUUAAAUUGCGGUGAUCCUUUUUGCGUUAAUUGUACCUUAGUGUUUGGCAACAAGGUCAGUAAUGGCGACAGCAAAAAACAAAAUUGCCAUUUCUUUCGUCUCCAGUGCUGGCUUUGCAGUAUAUUGGGACUUUGUCCUUGGACUUAGCUCCUCACUGUCCAGGUGCAGACUCGCUGCAGGUGUCUAUAAAGGAGUGGAGAUUGCAACAGACGUGAAAUUGCUGCCGCUUGUCAGAACGACAGCUAUUACGAAAGAAAGCCAUCCCACAAUACCGCCUGGCGGCGUUGGUGUUGUUGGAGUCAAACAUCCAUUUCCAAGGUGGGUUUAGGCGCUUGAAUUACAUACGAAAGUAAUUGGCAAUUAAGUGAAAAUGAUUUAAAGUUAAGAAUGUGUUAGGGAUGGGCUCUCCCAGUAGUGGCUUUGGUCAAAAUUCCAAAUUUCAUUUGAUGAAGUGCUGAUAAAUAAACGGUACCAUGUAAAAAGCACUACCUAAGCUGCAUACAAAACUAAUAGUGCCAUGUGAAAGUACUACUGAAGAGGUUUCAUUUAAAUGGUCACACCAUAGGAUUUCAUCCACAGACUCAAAAGUUAGAACCACCUUACAAGAAUCUGCUUGGAAGAGGAAGAGUCAUUGUGAAAUGUCAGGGAAAGGGGUUCCCAUGCAAAACUGUGUUUUCUCUUAUUUGAUUAAUCUGGCUGUGAUUUGUAUUUCUGCAGAUGUCUUCCCGAUCAGGAUCUCUGUCUUGUUGUGGAGCUCCAAGCUAACAGCGCCGAGGACUCGAAUGACCCCACUGAAUUAUUUUCUAAGGGAUGGACAAAAAUCGACCUGUUUGACAUCAGCAAUCGGCUGCUGAGUGGAAGGUAGAAACAGUGUCCAUGAAUUCUCAGUUUCCUCUUUUUUCUCGCUUUCUUUCUUUUCUUUUCUUAAACGUACAUUAAAUGUAGUCUGGGUGUCCAUGUUAAGGCGGAGGGUAGUAUAAUUUAAGUAAAAUCACUUUUAUUAUGUGUAGUGGCCGGACUGGAGUAAUCAAAUGUCGAUCGCCUAGACGCGUUAUUUCUCUUUUAUUGAGUGGGGGUAACGUCAUUUGUCUUCUUUCCCUUUAUUUUCUUUUCUAUUAUUAUUUUUGGACAUCUCAGUUAAGUUUUGCGCUAAGAACAAAAUUCUUCACUCACCUUUUCUAGUGGAAAUCUUUCCCUUAUGUCAUUUGUCUUCUACGUUAUUUCUAGAAUUUUUUUUUCCUUUCUUCGUGAACUCCGGUAUUGGCUAUUUAACUAAUUCCUUGGUACUCUGUUUUUAUCAUGGUUCCACUGUAUUGGUUAAUUAUCUUAUUCUUUUUAUCGUUAUUAUUAUUAUUUUUCUUAUUUUAGGUGGAAAAUUCCAAUUCGGAUAGCUCCAAUCAAAGCCUUUUUGAGCACUCACGAAUUGAAUAAGAUACCACAGGUUUGCCUCUUGUUACUGAACAUGUUCUCGGGUAACAACACCGUUGUUAGCUGGAGGGAAGAGAUCUUAAAUCUUAAGCUUUUUCAAGUUUACCCUUUUUAAGGCAAUUGCUAAAAGGUUUUACUUCCUCAGUCGUCCCUUAUGUCUUCUUUGUUAACUAAGUCAGCCUCAAACUCACUGAACAAAAGGAAAGGUUUACUUUAACGAGAAUGGCCCCUCUCACUCUCUCGCUGACCUCGCGUGAGGUGAGGAGGAUGUUUGAAAAUAGGUCUAGUUAGAAGCGCAGCCAGGACGUUUCAGAGAAACACAGUUUUCUAAGUCCAGACUCAACGCUGUCUCCCAAAUGAAUUGUUUCCAUGCAGGUUACUCCAUUACAUUUGCGUCUUGUAUCAUUGUAGAGAGUUACUCUCUCUCUCGGUGUAGUACCGUGUACUGCAAGAGGCACUAUCAGUUUUCUUUUGGGGGGAAAAAUCAAUGUGACAGAAAAUUAAACAGAGCUCAUAAGGCGUUAGCUCCUUUGUUUUAUAUUUGGGCUCAGUUAAUUCCAACCGAUCUAAUGACCUUGUAGUCGAAAUUUUCGCAAAUAGUGGUAUAAAAAACUCAGAAGUGGUCAAGUGGAACAUCAGUACAUUCACGUUAGAUAACUUGACAGGUAAAAUAGUGUAGAAUCGAUUAUAGUGCUGUUGAGCCAUUGUUACUGUUAUCGCUUGUUUAUUAUUAUUAUUAUUAUUAUUAUUAUUAUUAUUAUUAUUAUUAGUAUUAGUAUUAGUAUUAGUAUUAGUAUUAUUAUUAUUAUUAUUAUUAUUAUUAUUAUUAUUUAUAUUUUUUGUAACUGUUUGAUCGAUGCACAGGUUGGACAAGCGGAGCUGUAUAUCAGACUUGUGAAUAGCCGUGACGUCACGUCACAGGAUGCCCUAAACGCACAACCCAUACAACAUUACAUGUACAAAUAUCCAGCCUUGGUGAGUGGCCAUUCACGUUGUAAAGGUCAGGCAAAAUUGGUAAAGAAGUAUGCUGUGUGCCGUCAAGCACACCUUAAAGAGAAGACGCAGUUUUUUCGUCUCUUCCUCGAGGGUCGGGUAGUCGGAGGAAGGAGUAGCAAUACAAUUAGUUACAAUGCGUUACAAUGCAAAACAGCUUUCUUAGCAUUUUGUUUUCUAUUUGCAAAGUCACCCGAAACAUUUUGAUCUUUUUCGUCCUUCGCACUUCUUUAACGUUGGCAAAGACAGUCAACUGUCGCCUUGCCGACACCCCGCUAUAACGGACAGCAGCUAAAUCCCUGGCGAAAAUAAAUUGCAGACGUUUGACUGAAAUAAACUCUCGCUAUUACGGACUCUAGCUAAUGGUUACACUAACUCAAGGUCCCUACAUUGUCCCCUAUAAAGGGAGUUGAUGUAAUUUGAAAUCUAUUUCAGGAAAACAUCCGCGUGGUACCACAUAUACGUCACUCUUCUCCACAACAGGUCGAUUUUACUCCUGCACCACCCCCGUCAGUGCCUCCUCCACCCGACACCCCUGUGUCUGCUAUUCAACGGGUUGAAAGGUGAGUGGCAAGUGCAUAUCCUCCAGAGACUUGGUAGCCAACGCCACUGAUUGGUUUUCCGUCUGCGAGCCUGAGCCGAAAUCCUUGUUCUUGAUCCUCACCUGUGUUAAAGAAGCCAUUGUCAAUUUUCCAAUCAGGUUUAAAGAGAAAUUCGAGACGUACUUUCGGUAAUACGUUGACUCUGUCGGGGACCCAGAGAAGGGCUCGCGGCGCCGCGUUGCAGACGUUAUUCGCCGCAGUUAGAUUACGUUACGACACAGAGUGGGGACAAAUCACAGGGCCCAGUAUUUCCGGCAUAUUUUGAGCCUAUGAUGGAAUCCAUCAGGAAAUUAAGUAAUUUUGAUGUUCAGUGGACAAAAAUCUUGUACCAGAAAAAAUUAAAGAAUAUUGCAUUCUUUCUUACAUUUUUCAAGGGCUAAAGGUGUAAUAAAUCAUCUGUAGUAACACCAAAAAAUUCUUAUGGAAGCCCGAGAAAAUGAAUGUCAAAUUUCACAAAAUUACAUUUUACACAUGAAAUUUUUGGAAUUUUAACUGCAUAAUCACAAUUCUUGUGAAAUUUGACAUUUAUUUUCUCUGACUUUUAUGAGAAAUUUUCUUUGGUGUUACUACAGAUGAUUUAUGAAUGAUGUAAAAAAAGAAUGCAAUAUUCUUUAAAUUAUUCUGGUACAAGAUUUUUGUCCACUGAAAAUUAAAAUAACUCAGUUUCCUGAUGGAUUCCGUCUUAAUUAUUUUACAACGAGUGUCCUUGUGCAAGAUAUUUUCAUGCACAUCUCUUAAGAUAAAUAUUGCAAAGAUAGUAUGGUUAGCUCCUUAGGAAGAACGCUAGUUUGCUGGGCGGUAGGUCGAGAGUUCGGAACCCCGUCCGGACCACAGACCAAGAUCAAGCUAGCUGUGAUUUAAAAUCUUGUCUCUGUUAAGAUGAUCGUGUUGUAUUUGGCAGCGAUGUUAAACCGUUGGCUUUGCCUCGUCCAAGGCAUUUCUCGAACAGAUUAGGGACGUAAACCCCUUUGUAUUUCUGCAGAUGUCUUCCCGAUCAGGAUCUCUGUCUUGUUGUGGAGCUCCAAGCUAACAGCGCCGAGGACUCGAAUGACCCCACUGAAUUAUUUUCUAAGGGAUGGACAAAAAUCGACCUGUUUGACAUCAGCAAUCGGCUGCUGAGUGGAAGGUAGAAACAGUGUCCAUGAAUUCUCAGUUUCCUCUUUUUUCUCGCUUUCUUUCUUUUCUUUUCUUAAACGUACAUUAAAUGUAGUCUGGGUGUCCAUGUUAAGGCGGAGGGUAGUAUAAUUUAAGUAAAAUCACUUUUAUUAUGUGUAGUGGCCGGACUGGAGUAAUCAAAUGUCGAUCGCCUAGACGCGUUAUUUCUCUUUUAUUGAGUGGGGGUAACGUCAUUUGUCUUCUUUCCCUUUAUUUUCUUUUCUAUUAUUAUUUUUGGACAUCUCAGUUAAGUUUUGCGCUAAGAACAAAAUUCUUCACUCACCUUUUCUAGUGGAAAUCUUUCCCUUAUGUCAUUUGUCUUCUACGUUAUUUCUAGAAUUUUUUUUUCCUUUCUUCGUGAACUCCGGUAUUGGCUAUUUAACUAAUUCCUUGGUACUCUGUUUUUAUCAUGGUUCCACUGUAUUGGUUAAUUAUCUUAUUCUUUUUAUCGUUAUUAUUAUUAUUUUUCUUAUUUUAGGUGGAAAAUUCCAAUUCGGAUAGCUCCAAUCAAAGCCUUUUUGAGCACUCACGAAUUGAAUAAGAUACCACAGGUUUGCCUCUUGUUACUGAACAUGUUCUCGGGUAACAACACCGUUGUUAGCUGGAGGGAAGAGAUCUUAAAUCUUAAGCUUUUUCAAGUUUACCCUUUUUAAGGCAAUUGCUAAAAGGUUUUACUUCCUCAGUCGUCCCUUAUGUCUUCUUUGUUAACUAAGUCAGCCUCAAACUCACUGAACAAAAGGAAAGGUUUACUUUAACGAGAAUGGCCCCUCUCACUCUCUCGCUGACCUCGCGUGAGGUGAGGAGGAUGUUUGAAAAUAGGUCUAGUUAGAAGCGCAGCCAGGACGUUUCAGAGAAACACAGUUUUCUAAGUCCAGACUCAACGCUGUCUCCCAAAUGAAUUGUUUCCAUGCAGGUUACUCCAUUACAUUUGCGUCUUGUAUCAUUGUAGAGAGUUACUCUCUCUCUCGGUGUAGUACCGUGUACUGCAAGAGGCACUAUCAGUUUUCUUUUGGGGGGAAAAAUCAAUGUGACAGAAAAUUAAACAGAGCUCAUAAGGCGUUAGCUCCUUUGUUUUAUAUUUGGGCUCAGUUAAUUCCAACCGAUCUAAUGACCUUGUAGUCGAAAUUUUCGCAAAUAGUGGUAUAAAAAACUCAGAAGUGGUCAAGUGGAACAUCAGUACAUUCACGUUAGAUAACUUGACAGGUAAAAUAGUGUAGAAUCGAUUAUAGUGCUGUUGAGCCAUUGUUACUGUUAUCGCUUGUUUAUUAUUAUUAUUAUUAUUAUUAUUAUUAUUAUUAUUAGUAUUAGUAUUAGUAUUAGUAUUAGUAUUAUUAUUAUUAUUAUUAUUAUUAUUAUUAUUAUUUAUAUUUUUUGUAACUGUUUGAUCGAUGCACAGGUUGGACAAGCGGAGCUGUAUAUCAGACUUGUGAAUAGCCGUGACGUCACGUCACAGGAUGCCCUAAACGCACAACCCAUACAACAUUACAUGUACAAAUAUCCAGCCUUGGUGAGUGGCCAUUCACGUUGUAAAGGUCAGGCAAAAUUGGUAAAGAAGUAUGCUGUGUGCCGUCAAGCACACCUUAAAGAGAAGACGCAGUUUUUUCGUCUCUUCCUCGAGGGUCGGGUAGUCGGAGGAAGGAGUAGCAAUACAAUUAGUUACAAUGCGUUACAAUGCAAAACAGCUUUCUUAGCAUUUUGUUUUCUAUUUGCAAAGUCACCCGAAACAUUUUGAUCUUUUUCGUCCUUCGCACUUCUUUAACGUUGGCAAAGACAGUCAACUGUCGCCUUGCCGACACCCCGCUAUAACGGACAGCAGCUAAAUCCCUGGCGAAAAUAAAUUGCAGACGUUUGACUGAAAUAAACUCUCGCUAUUACGGACUCUAGCUAAUGGUUACACUAACUCAAGGUCCCUACAUUGUCCCCUAUAAAGGGAGUUGAUGUAAUUUGAAAUCUAUUUCAGGAAAACAUCCGCGUGGUACCACAUAUACGUCACUCUUCUCCACAACAGGUCGAUUUUACUCCUGCACCACCCCCGUCAGUGCCUCCUCCACCCGACACCCCUGUGUCUGCUAUUCAACGGGUUGAAAGGUGAGUGGCAAGUGCAUAUCCUCCAGAGACUUGGUAGCCAACGCCACUGAUUGGUUUUCCGUCUGCGAGCCUGAGCCGAAAUCCUUGUUCUUGAUCCUCACCUGUGUUAAAGAAGCCAUUGUCAAUUUUCCAAUCAGGUUUAAAGAGAAAUUCGAGACGUACUUUCGGUAAUACGUUGACUCUGUCGGGGACCCAGAGAAGGGCUCGCGGCGCCGCGUUGCAGACGUUAUUCGCCGCAGUUAGAUUACGUUACGACACAGAGUGGGGACAAAUCACAGGGCCCAGUAUUUCCGGCAUAUUUUGAGCCUAUGAUGGAAUCCAUCAGGAAAUUAAGUAAUUUUGAUGUUCAGUGGACAAAAAUCUUGUACCAGAAAAAAUUAAAGAAUAUUGCAUUCUUUCUUACAUUUUUCAAGGGCUAAAGGUGUAAUAAAUCAUCUGUAGUAACACCAAAAAAUUCUUAUGGAAGCCCGAGAAAAUGAAUGUCAAAUUUCACAAAAUUACAUUUUACACAUGAAAUUUUUGGAAUUUUAACUGCAUAAUCACAAUUCUUGUGAAAUUUGACAUUUAUUUUCUCUGACUUUUAUGAGAAAUUUUCUUUGGUGUUACUACAGAUGAUUUAUGAAUGAUGUAAAAAAAGAAUGCAAUAUUCUUUAAAUUAUUCUGGUACAAGAUUUUUGUCCACUGAAAAUUAAAAUAACUCAGUUUCCUGAUGGAUUCCGUCUUAAUUAUUUUACAACGAGUGUCCUUGUGCAAGAUAUUUUCAUGCACAUCUCUUAAGAUAAAUAUUGCAAAGAUAGUAUGGUUAGCUCCUUAGGAAGAACGCUAGUUUGCUGGGCGGUAGGUCGAGAGUUCGGAACCCCGUCCGGACCACAGACCAAGAUCAAGCUAGCUGUGAUUUAAAAUCUUGUCUCUGUUAAGAUGAUCGUGUUGUAUUUGGCAGCGAUGUUAAACCGUUGGCUUUGCCUCGUCCAAGGCAUUUCUCGAACAGAUUAGGGACGUAAACCCCUGUUGGGGUAUGGUCCAUCUUUGAUGGGGUUAAGGGACUGUUAGGGCCCGCAGCACUAGGUUUACUCGUUGUUACGGUUACCACUCCAAGGACUGGCAAAGCUAUUAAACUAAAUAAAAAGCUCUUGUAAUUUUGAUACUUUGAAAAACACACAAGUGCAAAUAAAUUCCAAAUUGAACCAAUACAUAUAAGAUUUUAAGAGAGUAAAUUGUUUUUAUUUCGUUUUCGGUUUUUAGUGCUCCAAAGACACCGAUUGAGGAUUCAGUUGUUGGCUUUCAAGUGGAUAAACUAGUAAAUGCGAUCCGAGGAGAGUCGAGGAUAAAAAUUACUGUCUAUGAACAUGAUCAGGGCCAGGUAAGUGGUAAUGCUUAUUUUUAUCAAUCAGUAAACAAAUCUAUUAAUCCAUUAUAAAGCAAGUUACUAAAUGUUUCUGACAAUCAGUCAGUCGGUCAGUCAAAGAGUCAGUGAAUCAGCCAGUCAGUCAAUGAGUUAGUCAAUCAAUGACUCAAUCAGUCAGUCAGUCAGUCAGUCAGUCAGUCAGCCAGUCAGUCAAUGAGUCAGUCAGUCAGACAGUCGAUGAGUUAGUCAGUCAGUCAGUCAGGCAGUCAGUCCGUCAAUGACUCAGUCAGUCUUUCAGUCAUGUAGUCAGUGAACAGGUGAGGUAGAUCCAUCUUUCCUAUUUCCUUUAUUUUUUUCGUAUUCGAGUAACUUCUCCAUGCACCAGACAUUUCAUCCUCCAUUCGUUCGUUCAUCCGUCUAUUUUCACUUUUCACUUUGACUGCCGACAAAUCCCCUGACCCAAUUGUCCAGUUUCGAAUUAAAAAUUACCCCUGAAUAUAAGCAUUAACGGCACAUUCAUACCGGGUUAGCCUCGACUUAAAGUAAAAUAUUCAGAAAUUCUGGCAAGUAAGUGUUUGAAAUUUGAAUAUAGACAAUAGACAGACUAAUAAACAGGUCUUUUUCUCGUUGGAAUUUGUGAAUAUAUUACUUCAGAUUGAGGCUAAGGCUGUAAAAAGUGCGUCUUCAUUUCUAUAAUUCAGCGGUAACUCGAAAAUGGACUAUUUGAUUGUUGUGUCUCAGGUGAUCAAAGGGGAUAACGAUAGACCUGUAAUUUGUAUCACCAAGGCUGCUAAGCAAGACUUCCUUGAGGGUAUAUACUCCUUCGGACUACAAGAGGUAAAUUAG